AUGCUAGAUCCAGCUACAGAAAUAGAAGUCCCAGUGCUAGGAGUUACAAUCCAUCCCCAAACAGGACAAAAACUGUCCUUGGGUGGGACAUACCUGAAUCCCCUUACAGGAACAGUGACGCCUCUUGAAAUUGGAGGGCCUAUGAUUGAACCAGAGGGAGGAAAGAUUGUCCCAAUACUUGGAGUCAGUUUGGAUAAUAACACAGGAGAUUUGGUCCCAGUUGGGGGGCUGAUGGGACCCUCGGGAAGCCUAUUGCUUCUUGGAGACUCCUUCUCUGAACCUCUGAGUAGGAAGACUGCUCGGAUACAUGGAGCUUGCCUUAAACAAGAUAAAGUCCUGCCCCAUGCAGGAGGUUACCAGGCGCUGUUGGAAGCUAACACUCUUGUCGCCCAGAUCCAUGUGGUUAAAGCCCUGAGGCAGUAUAAAGAUUCAAUUUGUGAAGAUAUGUCCUUAGCAGCAGACAAGCAGGAAGUCCUGAAGGCUGCAGUAGAAGACAUGAAAAAGUCAUUGUCAAUUAGGCUCCAUCAUGCAAUUCACCGGCUGCGAAGUUUGGAGAAACAACAUGAAAUAGCUUCAAGCCUCAAAAGUAAUGGUGGCAAAUUGGGGAUUAUCAAAUAUCCUGGUACAGAGAUGUGGAUUCCUGCAGUGUUUGGAAUGAAAAUCCCAGAUCCUGGUGGGUCAGAUUUGAUGGUACCCAUCCUAGGAGUAGAAUGUGAUUGGAACACUGGGCAUCCAACCCCACUUGCAGGAACCAUGGAAGAUGCAGAUGGAAAAGGUGGACUGAGCAUUCUGGAAAAGGAGAUAAAUUCAAGACAAAUGUACUGGCACCGCCAAAGAGAAAGGGAAGAAGAGCUUCUUAAAGAGCUAAACUUUGUAUUUCUUGAUGUCCUUGAUGCUAUAAGGUACAAGGAUAAAUUAAAAGUCAUUGAGGAAACCUGUCACUUCCUUGAGGAACCCUCUCUUCAGGAAGCUCAAAGAAGAACUGCCAGGGAUCGGAGCAGCCUAUUGGGCUCUGAACUAUCUUUGUUAUCUAAAGCUGAGAAAGAUGAAAAAGAGCAAGAAGUACAAGUUAUACUGUUGAUCAGAAAGGCACUGGAAAAAAUGGUUCAAUUUAUUCAAAAGAUGCAGCUGGAGGAAGGCCGAUUACAAAGGCAGAUGAAGGAGAAAGCAUGGCAAAGGAGCAAGAACUUUAACACCGAGACAGCACCCAGAUUCAAGCCCAGAAAGGUCAUACUACAUCAUGUUGCUGAAUUUCAGGAACAUAUAAUGAAACAACAGGUCAGUGUGGAGUCUGCAUACAGCAGACUGGAAUAUCUCAGGGACUUGUUGGACAUCCAGACUCUGCAGGCAAAGGCGCUUCUCUCUGGGACAUCACAAUGCUUUGAAAACUACCAAGGGACCAGAUUUUAUGGUAUUGCUAGUGUCCCCCACGGCACAUGCGCAGUCAUCCAUCGAAAACUGAUUCCAUUGUUGAAGUCUCUGGUUCAGACACUGGAGGAAAACAAAAGGAGUGAUAGGUCACUUGAGACUCUAAUUCUUCAGUCAGGAUACUCCUCAAGAAGCACCUUAAAGGCAUCUACAGCUCAGUCUGAGGCAUUCAGGACUGCAGCAAGCCAGGAAAUUGCUCCAGCUGCCACUCCAUCACCUGUGCUGCCCUCUUUUUUCCUACCAGGGGGAUCCCAUAUACAGCAAGAAAUCCUGACAAGGUUUUUUUUAGAAAAGCACGCCAGUGAAGUGGUGCAUUUAGAGCUGUCCUUAAUGACGGAAGAAAUACACAUGAUCUGCUACUUUUAUGAAUCAGCCAAAGCUAAGGAAAAGGAAGAAUGUAAAGAAAAUUGGUUUCAGGGGAUGAAAUGCCGUAAAGAAAUGGAUGUAGCCAGCGACUGGGACACAUUUCUGAAGGAGUUAGCUGAAUGCCACCAGCGUGCUGAACAAGCUCUCUAUCAGAAGCAUUGGGAAGAAAUCAAGCAGUCAGGGCUCAGCCAGGAUCUAGUAACACCCAAAGACCACUUACGUUCUCAAGAUGAAAUUCUACAUCAUUUAUCACUGCUUGGUGCUGAUUUGCAAAUCACAGAUUCCCACAUCAGAUAUGAUGUCACUAAAAAACAAGAUGAAACACAGUCUUUGGAAGCAGAACUAGCUCCAGACUCAGCAACUCAAAUAUUACAAGCUUCAGCAGUCAAAAUAGUAAAGUUAGAAGUUAUGAAACAAGUGUGUCUCUAUAGAAUAUUGGAUCUCUAUAAUGAACUCCAGAGACAGACCUGUCCAGAAUGUGUGUUAAGGAUUCUGAACACUUUACACUACAGAGCUACAGGAGAAACUGUAGCCCAAGAGGUGGCCCAGAUUACUGAGAAGCAGCAAGUGGAGAGAGCUGUGGCUUUUCUCCAGAAACACCACAAAGAAGGAGACUUACUUACUGGUUUAAAGGAAGAAUCAGAGACUGAACUGAGGAAUAUGCAGGCACAGUUCAGACUGGAGCUUCAAACCCAAACAGAAGAAAAGGUGCAAGCCAAGGAAAUGCAAGUGAUUCAGGAGGCUGAAAGACAGGAGUUACCAAAUCAUAUUGAGCAUGUGGCAUAUUUUAUCCUAUCUCAGAGACACUUGCGGCAAACAGUAAUAGUGCUACAAGACAGCUGCAGAUUCCAAAAGGCAGACUUGUGGACACAGACUGAAGAAAGAAACCUGUGCGAGCUUGUCAUAGAUGGGUCAUUGGUUGAUGAUGAUAUGAAGGGCAUCUUACAUCUAUUGAAAGAUAACAUGGAGUACAAGCUUUCAGGGCUGGAGCUGAAACAAGCUGCCAGAUUAUUACAACUGAGAGAGAAGCAGAUUUUGGAAAUAACCAAAUGCCUGAAAGACCACUCUUUGGACACGUCUGUGGAUGAAGCUGGCUUCACAGCCAGUGAUCUACAGGAAUUCAGAAAGCAGAAAAUAAGGGGACUGAAAGAACAGCUCAAAAUCUUCAUGGGCGAUAAAAGAACUAAGGAGAAUACUUCAAGCAAUCCUGAUCCACUACAGAUCAAAAAAUCCACAUUGGAAAGAGAAGAUAAAAUAAGUAAAGGGAAUGAUAUCUGGGAGAUUUUCCAAGCAAAGCAGCUGCCGCUGGAAGAAUCUCACCAAUGCCAAACAUCAGAUGAAAGAGUGAAUCUGCUGUAUCAGCUGGAUCACGGAGAGCUGAGGAGCUGGAUGAAGAACAAAAUGAUGAAAGAACACAAUGAAACUGUGGCCUUCCUGCAAAAGGCUUUUCACCAGGACCUGGAGAAACUGAGAAGGAGGCUAGAGCCGGCAGAGAAGAAAAAAGAGAAACAGCAAGAAAACAGCCCUGCGUCAUCUGCAGCUGCAUCCUCAUCAGACAAAGAGAAACCCAGCCAGGCAGAAGACCAGGUUCUAUCUCUCUUGGCAGAGAAUGUCAAGAUACUGAAGCAAACUGAACAGUUGUUGGCAUCAAGGAUUAUUCUCCUGAAUCCCCAGUUCAGGUCACCUCUUCUGUGUGAUGAUGAUAAAGCCAAAUAUAUGAAAUCUUCUCCACUUCUCACUCUUCUGAAAGAUGUGAAUGACCAGCUCCAAGCUCAUGCGAUGGCAGUUGGGCUUCUGGAAAGCCAUCUGCAGGAAAAAGACACAGGAAGUUCUUUUCAUGAUAUAUUGGAUGCUCUGAUGACUCAUAAAGGUGAACUAAUACCAGUUCAUCCCCCAACGCUUUCUGCAAGAGAGUUUGUAAUAUACCAAUAUGGCAUCUCCAUUCUCCAGUUUCUCAGGCCUCAUAUCAAUGCUCCAGAAAUUAACCUGUGUGUUGCCUCCAGCAUACCUCUCAGUAACACCACAGGCAAUGCCUUCCAAAACUCUUUCUUUUAUCAGAUUUCAGAGAACAAAUUAUUCAUUUUAAGAGAGUAUCUGGGUUGUGUGGGCAGCUUCAUUCUGCUGCUGGUGCACUGUCUGGCUCACAUCACUGCUGCUGACCUCAGCCAUGACUCCAGCCCCACCUUUCAGAGACUGUUUUAUCAGGCACUAAAGGCCUGUCUCAGUGAAAUGUUCUCCCUUAGACUCCGGAUGUCAGCAGUUCUCCAGGACAAUAAAUCCUCUGUGCAGAUAAGUGAGAUUCUGUUGAAGGGAGAACCAUUUUCUGGUGAGAAACUAAAUCUCAUCUCUCAGCUUUUUGAUGCAAAAGUAAACUCCGCCAGAGAGAUGGAGGUGUCCGAGGAGAGGAACAGGAACCUCUUACUCCAUACAAAUCUUGAGGACCUGCUGAAGAAUAAACCAUCUGUAAAGAAGAAAGAGUUUCUCACCCCCACCUCAGCUGGCAGGAAAGAGAACAACUUUGGUGGGAGGACAAGCUCAGAAGAGGAAAGCUGCUCUUACUUCAGCCUUUUGGAAGUGGAAGAGCAGUUGGAUACAUUAACUGAGGAGCUGGUGAAAGUCAUGGAGGAAGAACAUCAUUUUUUAAAAUAUGCAGCCAAUGAAGAUUUGCUCUUUGAUCAUCUUAAGAUAAUUGGUUUGAAGAAAGACUGUUUGGUAAAGCAAAUAGAAAUAUUAGAAGGGAAAAUAGCAAAAGGCAGAGAGGUGUUUAAGUAA